AUGCCAGAAACAAAGUUUUUCACAGAAGAACAAAUUCUGCUCCUCUUGUUACUCAAGCAGACAAAGAUGGAUGCGGAGCAAGCGACAGCUGCUUUGGAAGAAUUAGAGAGAUUAGGACCAGUUGAAAACGAUACAACCACUGUGGACUCGACAAAUCAAGAACCCGAACGCCGAAGCCCAAACAAAAACGUCCUCGACCUGCUAUGA